AUGGAUCAUGAGGACAAUGAGGUGAAGAAGCCUUUCGAAAUUGCAGGUAGAAGCUUAAUCGACUUGGUCUUCUCUUGGUCUCUUAGGAAUGUUCUCUUCAGAGAUCUUUACAAACACCAGGUGACCAAAAUUCCAGAGACAUUUUCGACAGUGGCGCGUUACAUGAAGUCAUUCAUUCCUUCACUUAUUGAAGAAACACAUGCUGAUUUACUCUCAAACGUUACGGCAAUUUCGCAAGCACCUAUUUGUGAGAUUCUGACUGUUGAAACUUCUAAGCAUCUUAGGCCUCCCAAAGACUUGUUUUAUGAAAUUACAGUUAGGAAGAUGAUUGCGACAGAAAGCAAUGCAGGAAAAUAUGAGCCAGUGGUUGGAGAUAUCUUUGCCUUGACAAAUAUUAGACCAAAAUGCAUUGAUGAUUUGAACAGGCCUAAAAAUUUCUAUCUUAUUGCAUAUGUUCUCGGAUCGAAAGAUAGCUCAGACAAUCUCCAGAUACUCUCAUCAAAGCCUAUCAGUGGGGAAGGAUACAAGCAAAUAAAGAGCAAGAGUGAAACACUGUUUGCUGUGUAUCUGACGAACAUGACCACAAAUGUUCGUGUAUGGAAAGCGUUGAACUCAGAAGAGACAAACACCAAUAUCAUUAAGAAUGUGCUGCAAGUGCAACCCAAUUCAUCAGAUGGGGAGAAUUCUUGCGCAAUCUGUUUUUCCGCAGACAUGUGCUCCCCUGACCUUUCUACAAAAUGGCCCACAGUGUGCUCUGAUCUAAAUGAUUCCCAAAAGGCUGCAGUUUUAAACUGUAUCAGUUUGAGUAAGUGUCAUCACCAUAAUGCUGUAAAACUAAUAUGGGGUCCUCCUGGAACUGGAAAAACCAAGACAGUCGGUACGACACUCUUUGUCCUCUUUAAGUUGAAGUGCAGAACACUAACAUGUGCACCAACCAAUAUUGCCGUGUUAGAAGUUACGGCACGACUCUUGAGGUUGGUUAAUCAGACUCUUGAAUAUGGAAAGUAUGGACUAGGAAAUAUAAUUCUAUUUGGGAAUCUGGAGCGGAUGAACAUCGAUAAUUAUAAUGACCUUUUUGAGGUAUUUCUUGAUAGUCGUAUUAGUAUUCUGUCCGAGUGUCUUGCCCCUUUGUCUGGUUGGAAACAUUGUUUAGAAUCCAUGAUAGGUUUACUUGAGGAUCCAGAGCAACUCUAUUCCUUGUAUUUAAAGGAAAAGAGGGAACAGCACAAAAAGAAUGAUGAGGACGAUGAAGAAACUGAUAAUAGCAGCCAAGCAAGUGACAAUGAGAGUGAUCUUUUGACGUUUGAGGAGUUUGUGAAGAAAAAAUUUGAUGACGUUAGUGAGCAUCUGAAAACUUGUAUGGUAAACUUGUACACCCACUUGCCAACAUCUUGCAUUUCACUUGAGGUGGUGAAGGAUAUGAUUAGAGUUUCGGAUUUGCUUAAGUUGAUUAUAUCUAUAUUGCAUCGGGACGGUGUUGCCAAUGAAAGGUUACAAACACUUCAAAAAGAUUGCGCACAAAUUCUUAAGUCGCUUCGUGAAUUUUCUGUUCCAAAUUCAAAUGAUGGACAAACAAUAAGAAAUUUGUGCUUGGCAAAUGCUUGUUUAAUAUUUUGUACUGCGUCAAGCUCUGCAAAAUUGCACACUGAAGGAAUGGCACCUCUGGAAAUGUUAGUGGUUGAUGAAGCAGCUCAGCUGAAAGAAUGUGAAUCAGCAAUUCCCUUACAACUACCUGGUCUUCGCCAUGCUAUUCUCAUAGGAGAUGAGAUGCAACUCCCUGCUAUGGUUAAAAGCAAGCUCUCCGAGAAUGCUGAAUUUGGAAGAAGUUUGUUCGAAAGACUUGUACUGUUAGGCCACGAGAAGCUCCUUCUUAAUGUCCAGUAUAGGAUGCAUCCAUUGAUCAGCAGGUUUCCGAAACAGGAGUUCUAUAACAAUCAGAUACUAGAUGGUCCGAAUGUCAGUGAAGUAAGCUAUGAGAAGUCCUUCAUUGAGGGCAGAAUGUACGGGCCAUACUCCUUUAUAAAUGUAGCCAAUGGAAAAGAAGAAUUUGAUCGCGGGCAUAGUCUGAAAAACAUGGUUGAGGUUGCUGUUGUAUAUAAGAUAGUUUCAUGCCUUUACAAAGAAUUUACUCGAACAAAGAAGAAGGUUAGUAUUGGGGUAAUAUCACCUUACAAGGCUCAAGUUAAUGCAAUUCAAUUGAGAGUCAGAAACUACAGUGAAGUUUCUGGCACAGAUUUCUCUGUAAGUGUGCGAUCUGUUGAUGGAUUCCAAGGUGGUGAAGAGGAUGUGAUAAUUAUCUCCACUGUCAGAUGUAAUGGGAAUGGAUCUGUAGGUUUCCUCUCCAAUCGUCAGCGAGCAAAUGUGGUUCUAACUCGUGCCAGGUAUUGCCUUUGGAUAUUGGGGAAUGAAGGGACAUUGACUAACAGUAACUCAAUUUGGAAGAAUCUAAUUCUUGAUGCGAAGAAACGCGAUUGUUUCUAUAAUGCUGAUGAGGACAAUAACUUAGCUCAGGCUAUUGCAGCAGCCCUUGUAGAGCAUAACCAACUACAUACUCUGCUUGAUGCUGAUUCUAUGCUGUUCAAAAAUGCAAAAUGGAAGGUUUGGUUCGCCAAGGAAUUUAGGAAUUCAAUAGCAGAAAUUAAAGACACUGAGAUUCGACAGGACGUAAUUUCUUUAAUAAAAAAGCUUUCUAAUGGUUGGCGCCAAUCUCAGAAUGAUAAAGUGAUUAUAGGCCAUGCGAGGACUUCUGCUGAAUUGCUAGAGACGUAUGAAGUCAAUGAGCUGCUGUAUCUCAUUUGGAGCGUAGAAAUUCACAAGCAGAACUCAGAUUUUGUCCAGGUUAUGAAGAUUUGGGACAUUGUCCCACUUUCUGAUAUUCCUAAACUUACAGAGCGCCUUGACAUCGUCUUUGGGAAUUACACCGUCGAAAAGAUGAACCGUUGCAAACUCAGAUGUUUUGAUGGGGUCACUGUUGUUCCAAAUAGAUGGCCAGCAGAUUCGAGCAGCUGCGACGAAGCUGAUCCAACGGAGUUCCUUUCAAAACCAUUUUCUUCACUCAGUCUGAGAGAUAGGCCAUCAUCAAGUUCAUCUUUUAGAAAUAAUUUUAUGUCAAGAAUGAGUGGAACCAAGGGCACUGGAUCGAGGCCAAGAUGGUAGUUAAUGUUGCUUAUUUAAUGACAGUGUGUGCAGCAGCAGCAGCAGCAGGAGCAGGAGGCAAGCUGUUUUAGCUGUAUGUUGGAAAGUUGUAGCCAUUGCCAAUUUACCUGAUGUAGAAGAAGCAUGUUUCUGUUUGCCUUUAAUUUCUUGAUGCGGCAAUUCAGUGAAACAAUUAUCGAAAUAUAUGAACCAUUUUAAUUACUUGAUAGCUUCUAUUGGCGUUGUUUUUUUGGGUAGAAACUCGAAAGAAGUUCUUUUUAAAUUGUGGCUGUUCUUGAUUCAUGGGUCCUCUUUUAUUCUUGUGAAGUCCUAUUUAAAAGUUCAUUUUAAAUAUUAAAUUCGCAUUUAAGGUAAUUAUUUUUAAUUUAAUAUUUCAUCUUUUUUAAUUAGUGAAACUGAUGGGAUUGAGGCAUUGGACUUGAUUGUGGUGACGAAAAUAAGAAAAUAAGAAUCACAGUGACCAAAAUCGUCCCUAAACCCUAACCUAGUGAUUAAAAUUGUUUUUUUUACUCUAUUUGAUAAGGUCUAUUUUUAUUUUAUUUUAUUUUUUUUGGGUUGAAGGAAAUGAAAAAUUCAUUACCAAAUAAAGUUACAAAAAGCCCAAAUACAUGAGUCAACAAAUGAAAAUCUAGGCCUGAGUAAUAACAAAAGAAAAGCCCAAUAGCGCAGGCCCAAAACAACAAAAAGCGCCCAAAUUACAAAAACCCUAAAAUCAAGCCCUACACAAACGAAGCAGCCACUGCCGCCUCCGCUCGAUAUGUCGCUGCCGCCACAACACCAAGAUCCAGAGAAAUAGUGGUCAAAAUUUAUCGUUGAGUUACAGAGCCCACAUAGCCCAAAGAUGCAGAUUAAAGUCUUAGAUCUAAUAAUGGGUUGUAGAAAUGAAGCAGUUGCAGCAGACCAGUAGUCGACCCAGUGAAUCCUAGGGAAAGAGGACUUUAGAGUUUGAGAUUUGGUGGGAGGAGAAGGGAUAAGGACAGGUGCAUGAAGGUGUGGUGGGAUGAGGGGAAAAAGGAUGAGGGAGAUAUAAUGGCUGAAAAAGAGAGGGACAUGAGAUGUAGAGGGAAAAGUGGAGGAGGUUUUGGCCAAUAUCAGAAAUUUCAUGGGAGAAGGGGUAUUCGAAAAUAGAAAGAGAAUAAAAUAGAGGAGAGCGAGAAGUCAUACGAGAGGUGCCAGAGAAGCUGCCCCGAAUGUCAGCGGAAGAGAGAAAUUUUAGAGAGAAUGAGGAGCAUCUCUCUCAAUAGUUGGUUAAUAAGGUGGUGUUUUUUUCCUUUGAAAUUAUGAAUUUGCUCUUAGUAUUGACUCAAAUUUAGAUGGACACUGGUUCCCGCGAUGCUGCGGGUUUUGAAAUUAUAAGGAAAUGUGUAUAAAGUCGUGAAAAUAUGUGAGGAAGAUGAUACCAUUUAUAUAACUAUGGAGAUCUAAAUAGUAGGAUCAUGCUUAGUUUAGCAAGCUUAAAUUACAAAAAAUAAACUAACAUGUUUUAUAUGCUGCUUGUUAUUUGAAAAUAUUGGACAUAUUUUAAUAAAUUAAGCAGCUAUAAAAACAUCAAAAUAUGAGCAGUUUUCAGCCGUUUAUUAUUCAAAAGAGUUUGAAUAAGUGUUUAUAUAUAUGGUAUUGGGUGGUGGAAAGGGGUUCCUCUACUUUGAUGUCUGUUGAAAGGGGGAUCUAGGUCUUGAUGGCUCUACUGUGCAAGUGACUUAAAUUCUUUCUCAUUCUUUCAGACAUUUUGACACUGUUAGCGUAAAUUUGGAAAAUAACAAGUGUUAGUGUAUAUAUAAAUGGAAAAAUUUGGGCAACGACAAUAAUUAUUAUGACAUAAUUAAGUUAAAAAAUUAAACAGAACAAACAACACUCUAGAUACAUCAAACAUUCUAUUAAUAUGAUGGACAAAAAUAUAAACUCAAUCUAUUGAACCAAUUGAAAACAAAUGCAGAACAAUUGCGACAAUUAUUAAUAUUUUUAUUACAUCCAUAGCCUACUAAAGCAAAAUGGACGCACACCAACAGUACGGCGACUAUAGAAUUAAGAAUAGUCAAACAAUACAGCACCUGAAAACGAACCUCACAAUCUAUAGCCUAACGUAUCUGAAAUGCUGUUCAUAUUUAUAACACCAACAUAAAUUUAUUUUGUAUAAACAACUUUACAAUUACAAAUAUCUAUUAUUUUAUAAAUAAAUUAACUUGAUUCUAUAACGAUCAAACAGUAUGCAUAUAUUAAUGUCAAGCCUAAUUAAACCAAUAUGCACAAUUAGCACAUUCGAUUCAAAACUCAUAAUCAAUCCAGCCCACCAAACCAAGAAAUAAAGUGAAAUGUUUCCUGAGAACCUUAAAGAAAAAAAAAAUUCAAAAGGGAAAAAUAAAAAACUCAUCAUCGAAGCAUAUUCUACUUCUAUUCUGUAGGGCACUAAAUAUUACUUCUAAAUAACUUCUAUGCAAGCACAACUGAUGACAACAAAAUAUAAAAUGCUACAAUAUGAUUAAAAUUGGUUGAGUAAGAUAACUAAAAAUCUUAAAUUUGAUGAGGUGAGGCAUUGGAGGGGUUUUCAUACCUCCAAAGUGAUGACACCAUGAAAGUGUCUCUCCUCUUGCUUUUUUGGGGUAGCCAAUCUGUGAAAUAAAGAAAGGGUCAAAUUAUAUCCGGAUAUCAAUUUGCAAGAGUGAAAGGAGCAGCAAUAACAACAGCAACACAUUACAAUCCAAUAUUCUGAAGUAAAAUAAAGAGAAAUAAUGCAAAGCAAACAAAUGACUGAAUUUUGAUAUAUUGGGGCAUAUAUAUAAGUUGCGAGCUAGCACGUGCUACUCCAUCCUUUAUAAGACUUCUUGUCUGGCAGUAAGACACUGUCCCAAACAGACAAAACACAUAAACAACCCAAAAAGGCUAAAAGAAAGAAAAAGAAAA